CUCUCGGACCCUGUUUAUAUUUUCCAUUGGUGGUCUGUCUCUCAAUAUCGUAAUGGUUUGUGCAUAAAGGUUUUCUUAUUGUCGAGUCCAGGCAAAGCAUCAUUAUUCAAAGAUUACGACUGCGAAACAAAUUUGAGCAUUUCUAACGUUAUUAAGAGCUCCGGUAAAUGAUGGACAUCAUGAACACUUUUGAUUUUCACACACAGUUAACCUCCAUAAUGGAAGUGUUGGCGAAAGCAGCUGUUGUUGAAAUAGGCAAACUUUUUGAGGAUAAUUAUUCUAUGUUGGGAUUAGAGAUAUCGCGAUGUACAAACGAAAACGACUCACUGAGAAAGAAAUGUCUGUUUCUGGAGACUGAACUUCAGGCUGCCCGGAGAAACGCCAGCAGAAUGAACGAGACUGAAGCUUCAUUCAGCGUCAGCGACGGACCGACAGACACUGGACAUCGUCCUGCAAUUGACAAUGUGUUUGGUAAGGACUGGUGCAUGGACUUGUGGAGACACGAGGAGUCAAACAUUGGUCAAAAUGAAGACACAAAUCUGAGCUCUUCAGUUAACACAGUAGAGACAGUAAAUUUGUUGGAUAACAAACCAGAUCAAAACCUGAUUAAGGAUGAGACGUUUGAGGAUUGCCCAAGUAAAAAUAAAUCUGAAGAUAAAAGCAACAGUUUGAGAAGUACAGGACCUGCAGUGGGCAGCAAUGAGAGAUGUGAGGCUGAGACCUCAGCAGAUUUUAUCACAUACACAAUACCUACGUAUGACCAAGUGCAAUCAAACCUACAGCGGAGACGCCCUAAAAAGAAAAAAAUUCCUAAAGCAAGACUUUCUACACAUGAAAACAGUCCAACGCAGCCACAUUUAAAAACUGAUGAGCUUGUUUCAACUUUUACCAGUAGUGUUAAAUUCCGCAGUACACAAAACCAGAAAAGUGCUUCAGAAGAUAAAAAGAUUAAAUGUCUACUUUGUGGAAAAACGUUCAACCAUUUAAGCAACCUGAAAGUACAUUUGCGGACACACUCUGGAGAAAAACCUUUUGCUUGUACAAUUUGUGGCAAACGAUUUGCUAAAAAAACAUACCUAGGAGUACACCACCGGAUUCAUUCUGGUGAGAGGCCGUACACGUGCAUGGACUGUGGGAAGAGUUUUUCCCAAAAUUGUUCUCUUACUGUGCAUCUCCGAAGCCAUACUGGAGAAAAGCCUUAUAGUUGUGUCGAAUGUGGUCAAAGCUUUGUGUACAAACGUGGAUUUAAUACACACCAGUGCAAUACUUAAACUAGAAUAUAUGAAAGUAAAUUAUUUAAUAUUGAACAUCUAUUUUUUUCCAAGUCGAAACAUUUCUGUUACAACAGCAGUGUUGGGUUAUUCUGAUGGCCAUUGUGGUGGUUAUUCUGCCCCAUAAAGGGAAACCUUUAAAAAAAGUCACUGACCAAACUAAAUAAGUGAUCAUACAGUAUACAUUAUAUGGUUGGUUGUUGACCAAAGCAUCUGUCCGCCUAGUUUUUGCAUUGUGUUAGCACUUUUUUCAGACGAUUAACCAUGUAAAAUAGCCUGUUAGUGAAAGUGAUCGUUUUAAUUAGAAAAAGAAAAGAAAUGACAAGCAAAUGAUGAGAUUAAGAGGACACAUACAAAACACAAAAAUACGUAAUUAUUUAUUAGUCAAUGAAUAUAGUCAUUAUUACCAAGAAAUAGAUACUAAAAAAUUAUACUUUUUUUGAUGGGGGUAUAGGCAUAGUUUUACCUGGAUAAAUAACCGUUUAUAUAUUGUCACCUUUUGUUUUGUUUCUUAAAGAAAUGUUUACACUGUUAGUAUUUCGAACUUAAGUGUUUAUUCGAAUACAAUUUUACAGUUUUAACUUAUACUUCGUUUUGCAUUUUUAGUGGUACACACACAUAAAACAAUAAAAAAAUAAAAAAGUAUUUUUUCAUUAUUGUUAUGACAUAUUUAUAAGUGUUUUUGUGCAAAGUAUUUUUUGGGGUCCUCUGGUUGCUAAGGGUUUAGGUAGUGCAGUCUCUUGCCUGCCGAAAAUUGUUUUUCAGACGCUCGUGUAUACCGCGGUUUACGGUAGUUCACCCCAUGAUCUUUUUUGUCAAACGCUAUGCUUUGUUUCUACUAAAAUACAAUUAGUUACAUUGAUGGUUCUGAAUAAAAUAAACAGAUCAAGGAGUUUGGUGACGAAUAUUUACUAUCUGCAACGUUAUUGAAGGCUCAAUAAUGGAGAUCAUGCACGCUGUUGAUUUUCGGACACAGUUAACAUCCAUCAUGGAAACGCUGGCGAAAACAGCUGUAGUUGAAAUAGGCAAACUUUUCGAAGAAAAUUCCUCUUUCCUCAAAUUAGAGAUAACGCGAUGUACCCGUGAAAAUGAAUCUUUGCAACAGAAAUGUCGCUUGUUGGAGAGUGAACUUCAAGCCGCCCGGAAAACCGCUGGAAAGAUAAACCGGACAGAAGCUUCAUUGAGCCACGGGUCGACAGGUUGUAUAUGUGUAGAUAUCUGUACCCCCACGAGGUUAGAUACUGGUAACUGUAAGCUUUAUAUAACUAAUACACUGCAUGCAUGCUUUCCAGACACUGCACAUCGUCCUGCAAUUGACAAUGUGUUUGGUAAGGACUGGUGCUUGAACUUAUGGAGACACGAGGAGUCAAAUGCUGCUCCAAAUGAGGACACCAAUCUGAGCUCUUCAGGUGUUACAGUAGAGCCUGUAAAUUUGCUGGAAGAAGAACCAGACAUGAUCAUGAUUAAGGAGGAGGCGUUUGAGAAGUGCUCUUCAGAUAAAACAGAGGAAGACCAAAAUAAGAGAUUAAGAGGUGCGAUCCAAAAGCAAGUAAAAGAAAUUCUCCCAGAAUUGGAUUUGAAAAAACUUCAAAAUGUGGUCAAUCAUCUUGUUUAUGUGGUGGGUGUGGAGAAGAUAGAUGACCUUACCUUUGUGGAGGUGACAGAUCUUAAGGACUUCCUGGAACCAAUACAAUGUCGAAAACUAGUCAAAACAUUAAAACAAAAAGAUUUUUUCCAAGAAUCCAAUGAACAAGAUGAAACUCCUACUGAAAUCACGCUCACUCCAUUAUCAUCCAUUGAAUCCAUUCCUGAACAGCCCUUUUUCCCUUAUUGUCCUGCAAAUUCUGAAUGGCUCCAAAGAUUUCAGAUCCCGUGGGACCGCAUGCCUCCGGCUCUCACUCAGGCGACGGCCACUGGGCAAAGGGCUCGACCUGGAGCAAGACGGGAGUUUGUUAGAAUCGUUGUGGCAGCCAUGCAAGCAAUUUGCCCAAACCCAAACCUAGCUGCAUGCAGGGAAGUGGCACGCUGGAUCGUGUCUACCUAUCCCCUGACAUUUGGAGACAUUACUGAGGAAGGGGAACAGCUCGGAAACGGCUACAGUUGCUUACAAAGACAACUGAAGACUAGGGUCGAACAUGUGAACAGAGACAUUAUGGAACACCGGAUUCGUCGACCCAGAAAAGGACUGGCAACAAAGAGAGGCGCGGAUGAGGAAAGUUACGUGGGGAAGAAAUUCAGAAACUGUAAAGCGGACAGUUACGGUUGCGUUAACUGGCAACCUUCCUCCAUCCCGGAGGGAGAGACUCCAAACUCGCUUGAAAUGAAGAGAAAGGUUGCGGCCGAGAUCUUCCAGUCGGCGGGCCCGAGGGCUGUCGAGCUGACCAACGUAGACGACCUGAUGCAGCAGACGUACGUGUACCAACGACACAUGAUCAACUCGUGCCCCCCUCCGUCCAUUAGCGAAAUCGAGCUUAGCUGGCCGUUCCUGUUCACAGAAAGAGGACUCUGCAGGCACUUCAAAACCCUUACUGGGAUUGACAUCAAAAGUCGCUUCGGCGAAACGCUUAAUGCGAAAGCCAAGAGAAUUUUGAACUACUUCAAUAGUCAGAGGCUGAGGUGGAACGAAGAGAUCCAGAGUCUCCUGAGUGAAAUCGAUAGCGACAGCGAUGGGACAGAUAAUAACAAAACUGCCAUAUCUGCCAUUCUGUUAAUGAUGAAGUACUUCAAGGAAAAGGAAACAUCUAUUUUCAUCUCAGCAGAUGCAACUUCUACCAAGAUGUCCAUUGAAAAAGAAAUGACCUUACCAGCAACACCAAGACUCAUCAUGCUUGGUAAUUCCUUACUGACUUCAUCCAAGUGGUUCAUCAGCAUUGAAGGCAGAGUGUCACAUUCAAUAGACAGCCAGCUUGACUUCGCGGCAGCGUUGGCUGUGUUCUUCGGGUGCUUCUAUGUUUUCAAUAUAGAGUACGAAGAGUCGGCCAUCGCCACCCUUGAGCUCAUUCAGAGGUUCUUCGUACGGAUUAAUACAGAGGGCACUAAGUGUACAUCUAAGUCAGGCACGAGUCGAAAAACCGGGUCAGCCGUCCAGAGAAAAUCCCAAAAUUUUCAUCCUCGUGUGGCUACAUUUAUGCAGAGACUUUCCGAAUUUGAGUGGAAGACGUCGAAUUAAUGUUCUCUUCAUCCUAGCCAUGCACGGACUACUGCUACUACCACAGUGAACUAUUACUUCUGUGAUUUUUAUUUUACUUUGGUAACUUGACUUUUUACUUUGUUUUCCUUGUUCUGCUCUACUGGAAUGUUGCUGGAAUGUUUGUAUUACUCUUUUACUAUGAUUUAUUAAAAUAUGUUCAAACAAGUCAUCCUUGCAGCAAUAAAGAAAGUAUAUAAACUGUUAAA